GCGUACUCAGAUGAAGGAUAGUAUUAAAUGCAUCAUUUACAAUAUAGAAAAACCGACUCGACGCAUUAUUUGUUCGUUGAAAAUUAUACUUACAAGCUCAGCCGCGGAAUAGUAAAUUGGUUCAGAGGUAGAAAGAGAAGAACCGCAAUUCCAAAGAAAAUAGCCAUGUCCCUGAACGAAACGGCCUACCACAACAGGCCACGGGGCGCGAAGGAAAUCGACGGGUGGACCUUCAUAUGCAUUGCAAAUAUGUCUGGGUCUGGAAGAGUGGGAGGCUUGUCAUGCAUAUUUUCCAUGCCCCAUGAGGCCUGCGUCUGGCAUGCAGGACCUAGCAUGACAGAUUCUGCGAAGUCUCUAUCAUGCCUAUCCUGCAUGAGAAACUCCCGCUCAUGUUGGUCAAAAAAGGACAACUUUUCACGAUCACGCAACACAGAUUUUUGUCUGACCCACAGGACGCAUCACAAGUUCCAUCUUCCCAGACCCAGACACUUUUGCAUUUGAUAUUUUAACAGAACGCAGCACACAGCACCGCAGUACGGCUUCAACAAAGCAGGGAACGUGAAGGACACUUCGAAGCUAUGCAGUACAACUUUAUUGUUUCUUUUCACGAUUGUUUUUUUUGUGAUGCAUAGUCCGCCACGAGACGGUAACUUUGUCAUGCAGAUUGAGAUGCAAAACCAAUAAAUCCAGGUCGUUUGAACAACAACCGCGCUGCCUGGAAGCCAGUUAUCCUAGAGAAAUAAAGUAGAUCCAUACCAGAAGAGAAAUACAUUUGUGUUGCUAAAUUUGCUUCAGUGCAAACUCUGUAUAAUGCGGAGACCAAAAGAGGUCGUGCAGGUUUUGUUUGUCUUUUCUGUCAUGAGGGGCGAAGUUUGUGGUCAUGUGUCGGAUCGAGUACUAAAGGGGUGCAGCCAAAGAAUAUCGUUUGUCAUGCUGAACAGCCAAAAAAAGGUAUUUUGUGACGCCCGAAUAAAAUGCAACACAAGUUUAUAUAUUGUUUUUCUGAUUAUGUAGGUCUUGUACUUUUUUCUAAGAUACCAGUCCACGCCUACCGAGACACCUACAUUUAUGGAAGCGUCAGGAUCGAAAUCAACAAAAUCGAAAUAAUUUGUGAUGCAUAAAAUCGAUACCAGUUGGAGCCGCAGUUUCCGAGUGGCGCAUGACAAACGUCGGGAGCACCAAAAUCCAGUCUGUCAUGCUGUUUGGGCAAGUAAGACUGCGCCUGUCAUGCUACUCUGGCAGCACAUCGUCUUCCCCUACACAGGCUUGCAAUCGGUCUCAUUUGCCUGCUCCCCAACACAGGCCAGCAGUGCCCUGCGUUUUAUGCAUUGCAAAUUUGUUGAUUUUGUAGGUUUCGAUCCUGACACUCCCAUAACAUUGAUCUCCAGAUCCGGAGUUCCACCUGGGUCCCCGGCGUAUCAUGUUGAAAAAUACCGCCACCCCAGAAUCAGGAUGUGUUUGUAUUGCAAAGCUCCCAAUGGAAGCAUUUGCCACGGUGCAUGUUUCAGCAUUACAAGUUUUUCAGCCAGAGUAGGAGAAGUCUGUGUUGCGCAGCGCCACAGUGGAAGCUGUGUCUGUCAUGUUGAAGUUGUGCACGUGGCUUAAUAGAUUUUGAAGCAAAACGCAUCGGAUUUGCUUCAUGCAAGGCAAAAAGGUUCCGUGUGGAAAAAAAUUUGCAACACAAAGUGUUCGCUCUUCUGAUGGUGGGGCACUUUUCAUCUUAAUACAGCGUUGGGGCGCACCGCACGGGAAGGGAGUUCCUAUCCUGUGCAAAAGUAUCGUACUCCUAGUAAUCGUAAUCAUGCAUUACAAAUCUCCUUCUUCACCUAAAUCCGCAUUACAAAUUCCAUUUUUCAUGCUGAGGGGAUUUGUCAUGCGAUUUCUACUAGUGCGAUGCUUUUGCAUUUGAUAGUUCCCGCUGUUCAGUAAAAAGGACGACGUAGACGAAAAUAACUCGAGAAAGGAGUCUAUCCUGCGUAAAAACGUACCCAGUCCAGAGUUGUCAUGCGCAGGUUGCAUGCAUAGCAGGAGUUAGUUUCCUCUGCGAGGACGGCACCUUAUUUAUUUGUUGAGAGGCACUUAUUUCUCCAUGACGUUGGGGUUCUUUCGCUAGUUGUGAUGCCCUAUUAACAAGCAUAUUCAGGUGGUUUUGUCAUGCGGCCGCGCGGCUUUCUAAGUACGACUAUGCUAGUACGGAUCCAGGUUUGAUGUCAUGCGUGAGGUGCAAAACUGGUAGACGUAGAUUUGUGUAGCCUAGGAGGUCGUAUCCUUUCACCUCUGGGGCGGGUGAUACGUUUUUGCACACGAUAGAAUCCGUGCCCAAUUUCACGUGGCCGAAAACGAAGUCGGAGAGAUUCAAAUGCACCGUGGUACUGUAAAGGAAGCUUGCUUUCAAUUUCAUCUUGCGAAAAUGCGUCACACAUAAAUGAGAUCACGAACAAGGAGCUUGUCAUGCAAAAAUGCAUCACACAACAUACAUAGGAUCACGGAGCUUGUCAUGCAAAAAUGCUUAUUAUCGCGCACUACUUCAUCACCAAAAUAAAACAGAAACUCGCCCGGUAUCCGACAAGUUUGCUGUCCCCCGGUCCGGGUGCCUACUCAGCGCAAACAUUUCUCGGGGGAAAUAAUGGUGGGAUGCGGAAGUCGCAAUCGGCAGCGGGGGAAAAAUUCAACUACACUUGAUAAGAGUUGUUUUCUCUUUAUUUCCUUCGUUUAUUUGUGGUUACUUGUUUUCCCGAGCUGCUUGUCGUGGUGUACGAUUUUAGUAGGAGAACUUUGCUAUGCUCUAUCCCACGAAAAAAGUGUUACAGUUACACGUUUGUAGUCAAUUCAGCAACACAAAUUUCUCUGCAUGAGAGGAAAACUUGUAAUGCAGAAUUCCUACGGGAAAACACCUUAUGAAACGAGGCUUCUUCUAUGCGUAUCCGGCAUGACAGAGGUUGUCUGUCUUGCUUGGCCUGCAACGCAAUGUGUAACCGUAUACACUUUUUUCUUGCGAUAUGCUCACCUGGUUUGGUUAACUGCGAAUGCGUCGUCGAAUCUAUUCUAUCAUCGUUGGAUGAAGAGAAAUGAACUUGCUUGAACUUUGCGAAGACGAACUGAAUACGAGCCUCCCUUGUGAGCUGGCUCGCAAUUGUUCUACGCAGAAGUGAAGAUAAUUGGACAAAAUUCUAAACUGUAAAAUGUGCUGGAAGAUAAACAGAACUGUAGAUUAUAAAGAUUACCGGCAGGAAAUCGAAAUAUAGCUUGGCAAAAACAGCAUCCGGCCUUGUGGAGUACGUUU